UUCUUAGUAAUGCUAGCCGUCACGGCCUCAGAUUUGGUUAAUACUACUGUAAAAAACCCGGGAAUCGUUAUUGGCUUAUCACUGGACUUCACUUCACUCCUAUUGGUCGCUGUGGUGACAAUGCUGUUGUCAGCACUACGUCAUCAGAAGAUACAUCAGCUGAUCGAAAAAGUACAGAGUGUGCAGAAAUUUGUCGACCCGCAAAAACGCAGAAUUCGCAUGAAACGCUCGCUGCUAGCGCUUUGGAUUCUGGGAAUAGGGUUAGCCAUUUUGACGGAAGCCAUGUUUGAAAAAACGCCGAUUGUGCAAAAUUUGUUGCGAUUCUACAUUCAGCUGAUCAAGUUGUACAUAGCGGUGAGGAAUUUGGAGGUGGUGGGGCAGAUUAUUGAAGCAGCUAAAGUGCUGAAUUCCAAGAUGGCGGCUGUGAGUGAGGGGGAUGGAGGGGUUGUGACCGUGAAAGAGCGGGAGAAGAGAGAAUGGCACAAAAUCAAAUGCAUCCGCACACUGGGUGGGGUACAUUGGAUGAUCUGUGAGUCGAUUCAGGACGUGAGUGAAGUUUAUGGCAUUCAGCUGCUUCUGGAAGUGCUCUGUCUGUUUGUGCUGAUCACUACCACGUCUUACAGCGCAUACAGCACCUACCAGAAUGGCAAAUUCCCUGAAGCCUACUAUUGCACCACCUGCAAAUUGUGCUGGACCAUUCUAGAGGUUGUUGAACUGAUUGUUCUCAUUGUUCCUUGUGCGACAGCUACUGAAGAAGCAAACAAGACACAAACAAUAGUUUGUCAACUAUUGAACAAGAAACUAACUUCAGGAGUACGAAAAGCGUUGAGUACUUUGGCAUUACAUCUGCCGCAUCAUAAUACUAGAUUCUCAGCCUAUGGAAUGUUCUACUUGGAUCUGUCAGUUAUUUCCACGGUGACUGGUGCGGUUGCUACGUAUCUCAUCAUGAUAAUUCAGUUUCAAGAUGCCAAAGUGAUAAAAAAAGCAAUUGAUAAUGUUUAGGGCAUUGAACUAAUUGGAAAUAAUUAUCAAAGUUUUGCCUUGGGUUGGCAAUGGGCAUAAUGCCUAUAGUGAGGUCCACGUUAUAAUGUCAGUAGAGAAAGAUAGGAGAACAACGUAGCCGAUUCCCAGCCUUUCCACUACCUUCUAUAGAAGAUAGCUGAUAUCGCUACA